AUGUCUCGCAGAGUCACUCGUUCAUCUGCGAGGCUCGCUGCAGAGUCUGGCGCCUCCACUACUUCGCCUGCCGCUCCCUUCAAUACGUCGACGGCCAUCUCCACGCCAGAUCCCCCCACCACCUCCUCGAGAAAACGAAAGGCCCCGGCCCGUCGAGCAUCUAGUCCUACCGAUCAUUCUGAGGAAACGAGCCCUCCGUCAACCCGUCGCGGAAAGAGACAAAAAUUGACCGAGCAGGUGCAGCCUCAGCCGGUCAUCGCACCGCCGGUGUCUCGAUUAGCCCGGAGAAGAACAGCGCAGAACGAGGUGGCGAUGUCUAAUAAUGGUACCUCUUCAAAAUACACCGAAGAGUCCGAGAAACAGUUACCUUCAAAAUCGAGUUCACGCCGUCAAUCCAGCAGAAGCAACAAGACACAACAAGGUAGCGUGCGCUUCACAACUGACACUUCUAUUUUACUGGCUGCCACAGCAGACCCCUCUACACCCGCGUCCCAUCAGCCGCGCAGACCAAGGAAACGCUUGUCCAAGAAGGACCAAGAUGUUCAGAUGAAAGACGACGGCGAAGACGAAAAACGUUCAAGUCAAGAAAAGGAGACAUCCCCCCUUGCUCACCACUCGAACAGCGAUAGCAACGACGGAGACGAUCACACCGAUAUGGAUGAUGACGAUGGCCCUGAUCCCUUCUCCGCUGCGCUUUUCGGUGUUGGCCGUGGCCCUCCCUCGGGAUUAUCGAGUACAUUGAGAGCCCUGAGUGGAAUGAUGAGUGGCAUGUCAUCAAGAUUGAGGGAAAUCCUGAUCAAUCUACGACAGUCGGACAACCCGACAAUGCAAAUGGUGGCCCUAGAGGAGUUGUCGAAUCUGCUGUUGGUCUCAAAUGAAGACAAUCUUUCGGGCCAAUUCUCGCCAGAUCCUUACGUCAAAGAACUGGUGACCUUGAUGCAACCAAAUCCCAUCACGGGUGAGGAAAAUCCCGAGAUGAUGCUCUUGGCUUGCCGCUGUAUUGCCAAUCUUAUGGAGGCUUUACGAGGCUCCGUGGCCAACGUGGUGUAUGGAGGCGCUGUGCCGGUCCUUUGUCAGAAGUUGCUUGAUAUUCAGUACAUCGACGUCGCCGAGCAGGCCUUGAGCACGUUAUCUAAAGUCUCGGUCGACUUCCCAGGAUCGAUCGUCCGCGAGGGAGGGUUGACCGCUUGUCUUCAAUUCCUUGACUUUUUUGCCACCGGCACACAGCGCACUGCCGUUACCACCGCAGCCAAUUGCUGUCGUAACAUACCCCACGACUCGUUCUCAGUCAUUCGGGAUGUUAUGCCGAUCCUUCUCAAUGUCUUGUCCAGCCACGAUCAGAAGGUGGUCGAGCAAGGCUGCUUGUGUGUCACCCGGGUCAUCGAUAGUUUCAAGCAUAGUCCAGACAAGCUCGAGGAACUGGUUGAUCCUCCACUACUUCGAGCAAUCCUGGGCCUCCUUUUACCAGGUACUACGAACCUCAUUGGAGCAAAUAUCCAUACGGAAUUUCUCCGCGUCCUCGCGAUAGUGGCACGAGCAAGCCCCCGACUCUCCGCAGAAUUGUUGAAGAUGGAUGUCGUCGACACCCUGUACCAGAUCCUGACAGGGGUUUCGCCUCCUACCGAGACCAAGGGCGCCGCCUCCAAACUUGACAGUGUUGUCAUCAUGCAAGCCUUGAUCCACAGGCCGAGAGAGCAGAUCUACGAAACCCUGAACGUCAUAUGCGAACUCCUUCCUAGCCCCAAUCUUUCCAACGAGUCGGAUUUUGAAGUCUACGAAGAUAUGGAUGACUACAUGUCUGAUGACGGCAAUCAGCUACCGACGCAGCAAUCAAGGACGGAGAAGAGACUCGAGCUGCUGGAAGACUGCAAGCAAGAGACACGCCGUUUUGCAACCAUCCUCCUACCAACGUUGACCGACGCUUACUCAAGCACUGUGAACCUGAGUGUCCGCCAGAAAGUGCUCAUCGCCCAGCUCAAGAUCCUUUCCAAUCUUGAAACCUCUGUCAUCGAGGAAGCUCUACGCCCAGUGCCGUAUGCAUCAUUUCUUGCGUCGAUAUUGUCUCAGGAAGACCACCCGAGCUUGGUCAUGUUUGCUCUCCAGGCUUCAGAACUCCUGUUUGAGAGAUUAGAAGAUAUCUAUCAGUACCAGUUCCACCGCGAGGGUGUCAUUGGCGAGAUCAAGAAAUUGGCUGAUAGGCCCCUCGAAAUCGACCUGAAGUCUUCCAAAAGCAACGAUCCUGAUGGCCCCGUCAGCGGUCUGGUGGGCCACGGCAACAAAGCAGCAGAUGCCGAGAAGCAGCCCCACAACCGCGACGGCGACAACGAGGGAGGCGAUAAGGAGGGGGAGGGUGGAGGCAACGGAGAAAUCAACGAAGAGGAUGGCGAGGACCAUGAAGACGACGAUCUAGAAGAAGAAGACAAUGAGGAGAUGAGAGAGGACGAGGGUGAAGACGAGGAAGACGACAUUGGAGUCCGACAUCACCAUGAUCCCGAUUUGGAUGAUUCUCCGAGUUCGGACUCUUCCGAUGAUGAUGACAUGCCAUCCCCGCUGGCCAUCGCUGGAGUCGCGGAUCUGGUGGUUAUGCGCGCGAAGAAAUUUUUGGAGAAAUAUGACACGCCAAAGGGCAGAGAAUUGAAGGAAAAGGCUUCGAAAAUUCGUGCCGACCUCCACAAGCUGGCAACUGACAUUGACAGUUUCUAUCGCCAGCAAAGCCAGAUGGAGGCUGACAAUAGCCUCUUCACUCGUCUGGCAAGUUAUUUCGACGGCGACGCCCUGGAGAGCAUAACAAGUUCUGAGUUGUUGGACUCCGGGAUUAUCCGCGUCCUGGUACAGGUCCUGUCUGAAGUCUCUUCGACGUCCAACACUGCUAGGGAGCAUCUAGUUGCAGCGUUCAUGCAAACGACCUAUAAAGGCAACAUUAAGACGAGAUCUGCAACAUCAGCGGCAACACCGUUUAGUGUUCUCAUUCAGAAAUUACAAGAUCUACUGAGCCGUGCGGAACAUUUCGAGGUUGUUACUGUCAACAACAACGCUUCCGAGAACAAUCGGAGCAGCUCCACUUCAAUGCUAACGCGUCAGCUACGCUUGAAACUAUCAGCAGAGAACGAAAGCGAGGUUCCUCCAACCUAUCGUGAUUUGGUCGUCUCCAUGCACGCUAUUGCCACCGUCAACGCACUUGAUGAAUACCUCCGGCCUCGAAUCACCGAGUCCGAACGUCCAGUAUCAGCCCACAGACGCCGGGACAUGCUUCAACAGCUUGCAAAUGCACGCCUCGCGCAUCUCUCUGGUGCGGCAGAGUCAGGGUUGCUGUCUCCUUUUGGCCGAGAACUCAGCGCCCCAGCAUCGACUGGGAAGGUAGACUCUCGCCCCGAACCUCGUGUUCCGUCUCGAACAAAACAACGAGCUGAAGAACCUCCGAAUCCCAUCGACAAGAAGCCAGCCGAAAAGCCGGAGCGAAAGCGGAUGGCUCGUCGUACCCAAGCGUCAUCGUCAAAUCAGCCCCCAGCGCCCGAGCCUAGCACCGAGGACACCUCCAACACAUUAGAGUGUGCCGAUGAAAAAGUCCUCGACGAUGUCGAACCUCCUGAUGCAGAGGGAGGAAGUGCCCUUGAGGCUUUUGUGGAUGGCCUCCAACAGGAUAGUUCCGACGCAGAAGCGCCUGAACCAGCCGCCGUAAACAUGGAAAUUGGCUCCAGCGGCAAGGUGACGGCUCGAAAAGAAGACGGUACGAGAAUCCUUACACCUCAGCCAGGAACACCUGUUACUGGAAGCACGCGCCCAUCGUCUUCAGGACAAUCCCCUGGACCAGCUCCGGCGGGCCCAGGAGGCCGCCCCUCAUAUGCCCAAGCCCUUGCCUCGGUCCCUCAAGACUGGCAUAUUGAGUUCAAUAUCGACGGGAAGAUCAUACCGUAUAACACGACCGUCUUCCGAGCAAUUUACCUCAAUCGUGAUCAGCCACAGGGCUCGCCAUCCCGCAGCGUGUGGUCUGGCCUUCAUACGGUGAAGUGGAGAAAGGUCCGCGGCCCUCGUCCGCCAUCUGAUGUCUUUCGGGCCGCAAGCGACGAUCGAGGCUCCCAAAAUGGUCUGCCAGCUUCGUUCAGUGGCCAUCCUAUCACUUCCUCUAUUCUAGCCUUGCUCAGAAUCCUCCACGAGCUCAAUGCAAAUCUUGACGAGCUACGAGAUUCUACUGGGCAUCCAGCAUCAAAGUCUUAUCCAGAACCCCUUGCAUCUUUUAUCAACACGAAACUGACCGCCAAGAUGAAUCGCCAGUUAGAGGAACCCUUGAUUGUGGCUAGUAACUGCUUGCCAGAUUGGAGCGAAGAUCUUGCCCGGUCGUUUCCGUUCCUGUUUCCCUUUGAGACUAGACACCUUUUCUUGCAGUCAACCUCGUUCGGUUACUCACGCUCCAUGACUCGUUGGCAAAAUAGUCAAUCAGAGAACGACGACCGCCGCGAUCGUCGCCGAGACGAGAGACCCAUGCUAGGCCGACUCCAACGCCAGAAGGUGCGCCUCUCUCGGCAUCGUAUAUUGGAGUCAGCCAUGAAGGUUAUGGACAUGUAUGGCGCAGGGCCCGGGGUCAUCGAAGUGGAGUACUUUGAAGAGGUUGGAACAGGUCUAGGCCCGACUCUCGAAUUUUACUCGUCCGUGUCGAAGGAGUUCUGCCAGAAGAAGCUGAAAAUGUGGCGAGAGAACGACUCGGGUGAGAGCGAUGAGUUCGCUUUUGGCAAGAAUGGUCUUUUUCCGGCACCAAUGAGUCCGGAGGAGAGCCGAAACGAAGCCGGCAAAAAGCUCCUGCAGCUGUUUAGCACACUGGGAAAAUUUGUGGCUCGGUCGAUGCUUGAUUCGCGCAUCAUCGACAUCUCAUUCAGUCCGACAUUUUUCAAAGUGGGCGGAGCCGGCAGUGCAACUCCCUCAAUUGGCUUGUUGCGGACGAUCGACCAGGACCUGGCAAAUUCUCUAUCUCAACUUCAACAAUUCCUCAAAGCCAAGGCAAGAAUUGAACUUGAUUCAUCCAUGACAGAAGACGAGAAGGUGCGUGCGCUCGAGGAUCUAACCAUCCGUGGUGCCAAAGUUGAAGAUCUGAUGCUCGACUUCACCCUACCUGGCUAUCCUAACAUUGAGCUCAUUCCUGAUGGCGCGAACGUCAGCGUAACCAUGGAAAAUGUCCAGAAUUAUGUUGAACGAGUGCUCGACCUAAGUCUCGGAAGCGGUAUCCGUGCUCAAAUCGGUGCGUUUCAGUCCGGAUUCUCACAAGUCUUCUCUUACGCCUCUCUGAGAGCAUUCACCCCAGACGAGCUGGUCAUGCUAUUUGGACGCACCGAGGAAGAUUGGAGCAUCGAGACACUGAUGGAUUCUGUCAAGGCGGAUCACGGGUACAACAUGGACAGCAAAAGCGUCAAGAAUUUGUUGCAGACGAUGUCGGAGCUGACGGCGCCCCAACGCCGUGACUUCUUACAGUUCGUUACCGGCAGCCCGAAGCUUCCCAUUGGAGGAUUCAAGAGUCUCACGCCGAUGUUUACCGUGGUCUGCAAACCCAGCGAACCACCCUACUCGUCUGACGACUAUCUGCCCAGUGUCAUGACUUGUGUCAACUAUCUCAAGCUUCCGGACUAUACCUCGCAGAAAGUGCUGAGAGAGAGGUUGUUUGUGGCUAUCCGAGAGGGCCAGGGAGCAUUCCAUUUGUCUUGA